UCUGCUCUUGGUUAUUUUUGUGUUAGCCACUUCCCCUUAAAUGUAUGUUCACAACUGAGCCGCAGCCUUAUCAGCUGGGCUCGAGGGAAGACUGGCGUAGGUGCUGCUCCUGAACUCGGUGUCUGAGCCAUGGCUUCCCAUAGACACUCAGGUCCUUCCAGCUAUAAAGUAGGCACCAUGGCUGAGAAGUUCAACUGCCACUACUGCAGAGACAACCUGCAGGGAAAGAAGUACGUGCAGAAGGACGGCCACCACUGCUGCCUCAAGUGCUUCGACAAGUUCUGCGCCAACACGUGUGUGGAGUGCCGCAAGCCCAUCGGCGCCGACUCCAAGGAGGUGCACUAUAAGAACCGCUACUGGCACGACACCUGCUUCCGCUGCUCCAAGUGCCUCCAGCCUUUGGCCAGUGAGACCUUCGUGGCCAAGGACAACAAGAUCCUGUGCAACAAGUGCACCACUCGGGAGGACAACCCCAAGUGCAAGGGCUGCCUCAAGCCCAUCGUAGCAGGAGAUCAGAACGUGGAAUACAAGGGCACUGUCUGGCACAAAGACUGCUUCACCUGCAGCAACUGCAAGCAAGUCAUUGGGACAGGAAGCUUCUUCCCUAAAGGGGAGGACUUCUACUGCGUGACUUGCCAUGAGACCAAGUUUGCCAAGCACUGCGUGAAGUGCAACAAGGCCAUCACAUCUGGAGGAAUCACUUACCAGGAUCAGCCCUGGCAUGCCGAUUGCUUUGUGUGUGUUACCUGCUCUAAGAAGCUGGCUGGGCAGCGUUUCACUGCUGUGGAGGACCAGUAUUACUGCGUGGAUUGCUACAAGAACUUUGUGGCCAAGAAGUGUGCUGGAUGCAAGAACCCAAUCACUGGGUUUGGUAAAGGCUCCAGUGUGGUGGCCUAUGAAGGACAAUCCUGGCACGACUACUGCUUCCACUGCAAAAAAUGCUCCGUGAAUCUGGCCAACAAGCGCUUUGUUUUCCAUCAGGAGCAAGUGUAUUGCCCCGACUGUGCCAAAAAGCUGUAAAGUGACAGGGGCUCCUGUCCUGUAAAAUGGAAUUUGAGUCUUGUUCCUUGUGUCCUUGCCCUCUGCCCGGCACCACCCAUAGGGCAAGAGCGGCCUUUCGCCUCUUCAGAGUUGCUCCUUCUGUCUUUUCUCCCAUUUUACAGUUAUUACUUGAGUUAAGGGCACACAGUGAUCAUAUUAGGAUUUAGCAAAAAGCAAGCCUGCAGCAAAGUUUAUUUCUCCAUAGCUGCAAUUAGGAAACAAAUACUUAGGUAGGUUGAUUCUUCUGCAUGUUUAUCAUAGAGCAGAAAAGCGCUGACCAUGUAGCUGCUUAGUGAUGUAAGCAAGAAGCCUAAGAGAUAAAGCCCCACUGAGAUACCUCUUGUGGCUCAGCUGGGACCCACGUUGUCAUCACACGACACAAGAGUUGCAGCGGCUGCUCCAACUCAGCUGCUCACCCUGUUCUGUGAGCAGAAAGAACUUACUGAAAUGCAUGGUUUAAAUAACUUCCUCAUCAAAACCUUCCUUCUGUUUUUUGUGCUUUCAAAUAACUAAUCCGAAUUUCCAAAAAAUUAACAUUUGAAUUUAGCUGUAAUUCUCAACUGACCUUUUCCCUGUACUAACGUUUGAUUUCCCUGUGUGGCGUGUUUUCUGAGCGUUCCUACUUUUAAGCAUGGAACGUGCAGGUGAUUUGGAAAGUGUAGGCAGAUCUAAGAAAACGAGCCUGUUUCAGAAGAACGUCAUCACAGCGAAUACUUUUGGAAGCUUAACAAAACUAACCCAGCUGUCCUUUUAUCUUUUUUUAAUUAAUAAUUCCUUUGUUUUAAUUAAUAGCAACAUAGUUUAUGGGUUUGGAGACUUGCAUGAGAAUAUUUUAGCCCCCUUAUAUGUUCCUACAGUUUUGAAUUCAUCCUACAGAAGUAACCAUAAAACUUAAGAGGGGUAGGUGAGCAGGCGCCAGAACUGUCAUUGACACGGAUAUGACAUUUCCCAGCAGUGACGAGUGGAAUCCCUUGUAACAUAGUACUUGUCUGCUCUGUGUCGGUGUGUUAAACAGGCCUGCCAAUUCCCUUGUCUUGUGAUUCUGAGGACUGUUCCUCCAGAGCUUAACUGGCUCUAGAGGGGCAUGGAGGCCACUGUGCCCACAGGCAGAACCAGAGUUCCACGUAGUGCUUACCUGAGUCGCAGGAUCCCCUAUUUACUGUAUUCUAGCUACAAUGUUAUAUUACAUAGUAUAAUGAGACGAUAUCAAGAGUACACAUGUAAUGACAAUGCAUACUAACAUUCUCGUAGGAGUGGUUAGAGAAGCCGAUGCCUCAUUUCUACAUUUUGUCAUUAGCCAUGAUCAUCUAACGGUUCCGUGUAUCCUUACAGAAAUAAAGCAGCAUAUAAAUAA